UACAUCAGUAUCCCCAUCAGAGUCCCCCCUUACAUCAGUAUCCCCAUCAGAGUCCCCCCUUACAUCAUAUUCCCCAUCAGAGUCCCCCCUUACAUCAGUAUUCCCAUUAGAGUCCCCCCUUACAUCAGUAUCCCCAUCAGAGUCCCCCCUUACAUCAGUAUCUCCAUCAGAGUCCCUCCUUACAUCAGUACCCCAUCAGAGUCCCCCCCUUACAUCAGUAUCCCCAUCAGAGUCCCCCCUUACAUCAGUAUCUCCAUCAGAGUCCCCCUUACAUCAGUAUCCCCAUCAGAGUCCCCCCUUACAUCAGUAUCCCCAUCAGAGUCCCCCCUUACAUCAGUAUCACCAUCAGAGUCUCCCCUUACAUCAGUAUCCCCAUCAGAGUCCCCCCUUACAUCAGUAUCACCAUCAGAGUCCCCCUUACAUCAGUACCCCCAUCAGAGUCCCCCCCUUACAUCA